UUGUUUCUUUUUGCUACGUGUAGCGCAUAGGUGUUGCGGGUGUAAAUUUAUUUGGCUUUGAAAAACAGUUGCAAACACAUAUUGAAACUUCAAUAAACAUGAAUUCUCCUCCGGUAUUUAUUGACUUGUCUUUGGACGAGCAGGUGCAAGAACUAAGAAAAUUCUUUAAAAAGCUUGGAGCCGAGAUUUCAUCCGAAAAAUCUAACAAAGGUGUUGAAGAUGACUUACAUAAAAUCAUUGGAGUUUGCGAUGUUUGUUUCAAAGAUGGCGAACCCUCUCAAAUUGAUGGCAUCCUUAAUAGUAUUGUUUCCAUUAUGAUUACAAUUCCACUCGACCGCGGUGAAAAUAUUGUUUUGGCUUACUGUGAAAAAAUGACGAAAGCUCCUAAUGUGCCAUUGGCAAAGGUUUGCUUAGAGUCUUUGUGGCGUUUGUUUAACAACUUGGAUACAGCAUCACCUUUGCGCUAUCAUGUUUAUUAUCAUCUUGUUCAAGUGGCCAAACAAAGUGACCAAGUUUUGGAAGUUUUCACAGGUGUUGAUCAACUGAAAUCACAAUUUGCUAAUUGUCCACCAUCUAGUGAGCAAAUGCAGAAACUAUACCGCUUGUUACACGAUGUGACUAAGGAUACUAACUUGGAGUUGUCAGCUAAAGUUAUGAUUGAAUUGCUUGGCACUUACACAGCAGAUAAUGCCUGUGUUGCUCGAGAAGAUGCCAUGAAGUGCAUCGUGACAGCACUUGCUGAUCCCAACACAUUUCUGUUGGAUCCAUUGUUAGCCCUUAAACCGGUGCGCUUUUUGGAAGGUGAUUUAAUACAUGACUUGUUGUCAAUUUUUGUAUCCGACAAAUUGCCAUCGUAUAUACAAUUCUAUGAAGAUCAUAAGGAAUUCGUUACUUCUCAAGGCUUAAAUCAUGAGCAGAAUAUGAAAAAAAUGCGUCUAUUGACCUUCAUGCAACUGGCAGAAAGCAAUCCUGAAAUGUCAUUUGAAACACUCACAAAAGAAUUACAAAUAACCGAAGAUGAAGUUGAACCAUUCGUUAUUGAAGUACUGAAAACAAAAUUAGUGCGUGCACGUCUGGACCAGGCCAAUCGCAAAGUGCACAUCUCAUCAACCAUGCAUCGUACAUUUGGUGCAACCCAGUGGCAACAAUUACGCGACCUUCUGUACGCCUGGAAAGAAAAUUUGAGUUCGGUGCGUGAAGGUUUGGGUAGUGUUUCAGCAGCACAACUCGAUUUAGCGCGCAGUCAAAAAUUAAUACACUAACUGAAUUCAACAAUUUCUACUAGCCACAGACAACAACAUUUUGGUCUUUUGUAUUUAUAAAUGAUUUAAAUAAAUUUAAUUCGAGGUAAGAAAAACCAAUAAA